CAGUCCCUCAACCCGACGCCCCCUCCGCGGCUGAUGCGCAAUACUGGCACAUGAGUGCUCAGCCGUCCUCGCCCGCGAGUGGCCGGCCACCAGCCGGCACUCCUCCCCUCCCCUCAUCGGCGCCGCUGGUGAGCGUGGUCUCCAGCGCGGCCCUGGCCCCAGGCGAGCCGCCACUGGUUGUGGAGCUGGAGCGCCUGCGUCGGCUCUACCUCCCCCCGCAGCACCACUGCUCCUCCUCGGAUUCCGGGCUCCUGCUGACCUUCAUCCAGGAAGACCAGGUCCGGCGGAUCCUGUCGCCCGACGCCUCGGCGCCCCCUGACAGCGGCUCCCCGACCGGCGAUCAGCACUGCCGCACUGGCGAGUGCGGCCGGUCGACCGCGCAGCCCGACACAUCGGCCGGCGCCACGCGCACCCGCCGCUGCCCGGAGUGCGCCCUGCGCGAGCAGGCCCCCCUCUGGAGGAGCAUGCCCCGGCGGGUGGAUCCGGCCGAGACCCCGCGUCCUGGACGGGUGCCUCUCCACCGGCGGGGCCCCCAAGCCGGGGCCAUCCCCCCCGCGCUGGCCCCCCUGCCGGAGGUCCGGGACCUGCGCCAGCUCGGCUGCACCCCGCUGCGGAUUUUGGUCACCGGCGGUGCCGGCUUCGUGGGCAGCCACCUGAUCGACCGGCUCCUGCUGGCCGGGCACCAUGUCCUUUGCAUUGACGAUCUGUCCACCGGCCGCCGGCGGAAUCUGGCACACUGGCGCGGGCACCCGAACUUCGCGGUCCGCCGGCACAAUGUGGCCAAACCCCUGCGCGGGGUGGGCAAGUGCGAUCUGGUCUUCCACUUGGCCUGUCCGGCCUCUCCGCCACACUAUCAGGGGAAUGCCAUCCGCACGGUCAAGACCGCCGUCCUGGGGACCAUGCACAUGCUCGGCGUGGCCAAGCGCUCGGGCGCGCGCUUUCUCCUGGCCUCCACCAGUGAGGUUUACGGCGAUCCCGAAGUCCACCCCCAGCCGGAGACAUACCACGGAUCUGUCAAUCCGAUUGGCCCGCGAGCUUGCUACGACGAGGGCAAGCGCAUCUCCGAGACCCUGGCCUAUGCGUAUGCUCGGCAGCAUGGGGUUGAUGUCCGUGUGGCGCGGGUUUUCAAUACCUACGGCCCGCGCAUGGCCCAUGAUGAUGGCCGUGUGGUCAGCAACUUCUGCGUGCAGGCUCUCUCCGGCCGGCCCCUGACGGUCUACGGCGAUGGGACACAGACACGCUCCUUCCAAUAUAUCCACGACCUGAUCACCGGGCUCAUCGACCUAAUGGCCACCCCUUCGGAUCAUGAGGCUGAUGGCUUGCCCGCCUUGCCGCCCAUCAACAUCGGCAAUCCGGAUGAGUACCAGAUCGGGGACUUUUCCAAAAUCAUCCUCUCGACCGUCAGCAUGUUGAACAUGGACCGGUCACCCCAUCUGCGCGAUAAUGUCGGCGUCGUGUAUCUCCCCUCACCGGUGGACGACCCGAAGCAGCGGCGGCCAGAUAUCCAGCGCGCCCAUGAUCUCCUCGGCUGGACGCCGCAGUUCGGCCUCCGCCAGGGGCUCCUGGAGACCGUGCACUACUUUUCACAAUACUUCAACUACGGCCGGUAUGACACCCCCCCGGAGCAAGUCCGCCUCGAUGACACGGACCUCGACUGGUCCGAAUGGGAUCAGCCCGUGCGGCCCACCUGGCCGGCCUUGCCCGGGGGAGGGACCUGCUCCGCCGGUGGCGGCCCCUGCACCGGGACCGACCAGCUCAACUCGACCAGCUCCUUGGAUCUCCAUGAGGCCGUGCCCUUCGCGGCCGGAUCCCCCGGGGACUACCGGAGCAUGUCGACGCCGCUGUUUGGCCAGCUCCAUCAUCCCCGGCGGGGGGAUGGCGGCGCCGGGUCCUUUGUCACUACCGAAGAUGCCGACGACGAUGGGAGCAUUCGAUCGCCCGUGGUGGCGGACACUGCGGCCGUCGCCGUCACGGCGCGUGGCAAAGACCCCCGGCCAGGCUUCGCGGCAACUGCCACGGCCGGCGCGACCGAACCCUCAGUAUCGGACUUCCGGGUGCUGACGCGGACCCGGCGGCGCCCGGGCCACAUGCCGGGCAGUCGGCCCUCCUCGGGCGACGGUGGCGAGGUUGCGACGCCCCCCUGUGGUGGCGCCUCCUCACUCGCAUGUAAGAAUGCUUCGCACUUGGUCACCGACUCGGCCCCCGCCGGAUCGUCGCUUCCCCCGCAGGUGGAUACCUUCAACAUCGAUGCCGCCGCCUCGCCGUCCCAUCUCUUCCCGCCCGGCAGUGGCUCCGGGGGCGCCGCGGCAGCAGCCGGUGCAUCUGCCUGCUGCACGUGGGCUGCUUCGGUUCAGGGGCCCCCGCCACCCGGGCCCCAGGGCGCCUCGCCCCAUCAAGAGGGGGAAAGCCACCAGUGCCUGGACUCCACCGUGAGCACGCACUUCGACGGCGAUGGACUGGCAUCGGGGGGAGGCCAGUGUGGCUGCCAUGCACACCGACCGGCGGCCGCCACGUCCAAUGACCAUGACGAUGAUGCCGACGAAGAGGACAUCGAAAGCGAGGUGGAGAGCGAUCACAGCGAUCCGUCGGCCGACUCUUCGCCGGCUCCAGCCCGCGGGGUUACGUCCUCCGCCCCAGCCGACGGCCGCUCGAUUGGUGAGUCUCUCUGUCGGCUGGCGGCGGCCGGCCUGCCGGGCUCGGUCUUUUCGAUAGCUCUCCCGGAUGAGCCAUCUCCCUCUGGCAGUGGUGGCGUCGCCUUGGGCGGCGGGCGCUCGACAGUCGGAGGCUGCCAUGGCAGUCGCCUGGCUGGCGACAAGCACCGGCCCGCCGCCGCCGCCGUCGCCGCCGCCACUGCCGCCGCUCCGGCCGAUCUUUAUGCCCUCUAUCAGCGCCUGGGUUGCGAGGAGGUGGACGGCUGCGCGGUAGCCGGGGCCGCCUUCGCUGAAGCUGGACCCGGGGCCGCUGGUUCACCCCCGCACCCGGCCUGUCCUUGGUGCACUGGGUCUGUUUUCGUGGACGCCUUCCCGGAUGCCGGGACCCGGGCCGCCUUCGAGUUGGGCCUGCGGCUGGCCGCGCACCAUUACGGAUAACACGUGAUGACAUGUGAAUACACUCCCACCUCGCCCCUGGGCGGCGCGCGCGGCAAUUGACCAAGGGGCACGGCG